AUGAAUGCACAAAACCAAACUGGGAUUUCAGAAUUCAUCAUUCUUGGCUUUAAAAAUCUGCAGGAGAUACAUUUCUUGCUCUUCAGUGGGUUCUUGACCAUAUAUUUAUUCACAGUUCUGUGGAAUACCUUCAUUAUCAUCAUGGUGAUGGUGGACCAGAAGCUCAGAACACCCAUGUAUUUCUUUCUUGGGAACCUCUCCUUCCUUGACAUCUGCUAUACUACCACCACUAUUCCCCAGAUGCUAGAUUUCCUUAUGAGAGAGAGAAGUAGCAUCUCUUAUGUAGGCUGUGUGCUCCAGCUGUAUUUUUUCUUCUCCUUCGUAGGCUCUGAAUGCCUCCUUUUGGCAGUGAUGGCUUUUGACCGCUAUGUUGCCAUUUGCAACCCUCUGCGCUAUUCUCUAAUUAUCAGAAAAAAUGUUUGUCUCCAGCUAGCUUCAGUGUCCUGGGCUGGUGGUUUUCUCAACUCUGCAUUACACACACAUUUUGCCUUCCAGUUACCUUUCUGUGGAGACAAUCACCUAGAUGCCUUCUACUGUGACAUUCCACCACUGUUGAAGCUCUCAUGUGGAGACAUUUCACUCAACCAAAGGCUCUUGCUAUCCAUUGGAUUAAUCGUAGCUUGGACACCCCUUUUCUGCAUUCUUCUUUCAUACACCUAUAUCAUUUCAACUGUCUUGAAGAUGCGCUCUCCAGAAGGUAGACAAAAAGCUUUCUCCACCUGCUCUUCCCACCUUACCGUGGUUCUUCUCUAUUAUGGCAGUUGCAUUUUCACCUACCUGAGACCCAUUCCCUCCGAGUCAUCAGUGAAUGGAAAGUUGAUUCCACUGAUGUACAGUAUCUUGACUCCACUGUUGAAUCCUGUUAUAUAUACCUUGCGCAACAAGGAUGUGAAAAAAGCUUGGCGAAGCAUGAUGGGAAAGAUUUGA